GGGGAGCUGCGCCGCCGGGUGGCAUUGUGUGUCCCAGUGUGCAGGAGUCAUCCCAGAAGAGAGGAACGGCUGAACCGAGGGCGCUUCAGCAGGGAAGACUCCCUUCCCCCCUGCUUCAGGCUGCUGAGCACUGAGCGUCGCUCAGAAUGGAAGCCAUCGCCAAAUAUGACUUCAAAGCUACUGCUGACGAUGAGCUGAGCUUCAAACGGGGGGACAUCCUUAAGGUUUUGAACGAAGAAUGUGAUCAGAACUGGUACAAGGCAGAGCUCAAUGGGAAGGAUGGCUUCAUUCCCAAGAAUUAUAUAGAAAUGAAACCACAUCCGUGGUUUUUUGGCAAAAUCCCCAGAGCUAAGGCAGAAGAAAUGCUUAGCAAACAGCGGCAUGAUGGGGCCUUUCUAAUUCGAGAGAGUGAGAGUGCUCCUGGGGAUUUCUCCCUCUCUGUCAAGUUUGGAAAUGAUGUGCAGCACUUCAAGGUGCUGCGUGACGGAGCUGGAAAGUAUUUCCUCUGGGUGGUGAAGUUCAGUUCUCUGAAUGAGCUGGUAGACUACCACAGGUCAACAUCCGUGUCCAGGAACCAGCAGAUAUUCCUGCGGGAUAUAGAGCAGGUGCCACAGCAGCCAACGUAUGUCCAGGCCCUCUUUGACUUUGACCCUCAAGAGGAUGGUGAGCUGGGCUUCCGCCGAGGAGACUUCAUCCAUGUCAUGGAUAACUCAGACCCCAAUUGGUGGAAGGGGGCUUGCCACGGGCAGACCGGCAUGUUUCCCCGCAAUUAUGUCACCCCUGUGAACCGGAAUGUCUAACAAGCAAGAGAGAUUAUUUAAAGAAAAUGAAAAAUUGAGAACAUACAAAAGAAUUACACCCACAAGCUGCCUCUUACAGCCUGUGAGGGAGCUCAGAACACCUGGCUGGGUCACACUUGUGACCUCUCACUUUGGUUGGAACUUUGGGGGGUGGGAAGGGGUGUUGGAUUUCAAAAUGCCAAAACUUAACCUAUUGAAUUAAGAAGAGUUUUUAUUACAGAUUCUCACCGCUGCUCUGGUUUCCCCUCCUUUGUCCUUUUUCUCAUCCUUUUUCUCCUGUCCUUCAGUGCAUGACUUUCAAGGCCACAUAUAGUCCCAGCUGAUGCCAAUAAUAAAAGAACAGAAACAAA